CACGGCAGACUUUACUCUUCCCUCCCCCGACUUCCCGGCCGAGCGAGAUCCCUCCCUCUCCCGCCGCGCAGAGGCAGAGAGCACCAGCCCAGAAAUCUCUCCUCUCCCCACCCAUGCAACCCGCCGCGGCGGCCGCGCCCUCCGCCCUGCCGUCCAGCGUCUUCCCCAAGGACUCCCGCCCGCUCCCCUGCCUCCUCCUCGUUUCCCUCCUCCUGCUGCUCCUGCACCUCCUCUCCUCCUCCUCAUCCCCCGCUGCCUCGCCGCCGCCGCCGCCACCGCCCCGCCUCGCGCCGCUCCCGGUCACCGCCGCGGCCGUCGCCUCCGCCGGCCCGGCCCCGCCCGCGCUCGCGUUCCUCCUCGCGGGAUCCGCGGGCGACGCCGACCGCCUCCUGCGGCUGCUGCUCGCCACCUACCACCCCCGCAACACUUACCUCCUCCUGCUCGACCGCGCCGCCUCGGACGCCGACCGCGCGCGGCUCGCACGGAAUGCGCGCGCCGCCCCCGGCCGCGACAACGUCCAUGUCGUCGGGGACCCCGGGUUCGCCAACCCGCGCGGCGCGUCCGCGCUCGCCGCCACGCUGCACGGCGCCGCGCUGCUGCUGAGGGUCGGCCAGGGAUGGGACUGGUUCGUGCACCUCGACGCCGCGGACUACCCGCUCGUCACCCCCGAUGACCUUCUGCAUGUUUUGUCAUACUUACCAAAGGAUCUUAACUUCAUUCAGCAUACCAGCUACAUUGGUUGGAAGGAGGCAAGACAAAUAAGGCCAAUUAUUGUUGAUCCUGGUCUAUAUCUCUCAUCCAGGAAUGACAUAUUUUAUGCCACUCAAAAGCGCAAUCUUCCAAAUGCUUAUAAACUAUUUACAGGUUCUUCGUCUGUUAUCCUUUCUCGAAAAUUUAUUGAAUAUUGUAUCGUCGGUACGGAUAAUCUGCCAAGAACUCUGCUGAUGUACUACACUAACAUGCCCCUACCACACAGGAAGUAUUUCCAGACAGUUCUUUGCAACUCCCCUGAAUUUAACAGGACCGUAGUUAACCAUGACCUGCACUAUUCAACUUGGGACACAUCUUCCAAGAAUGACCCGGGACUACUGACUAUGGCUGAUGUAGAAAAUAUGACCAAAAGUGGUGCAGCCUUUGGGACUAGAUUUCCCAAGGAUGAUCCUGUUCUCGAUCACAUCGAUGCGGAAAUUUUACACCGCCUACCUGGAGAGUUCGUUACAGGAGGGUGGUGUAUAGGUGUUGGGGAUGACAGCCCGUGCGAUGUUCCAGGCAACCUAGAUGUGCUUAGACCUGGGUCUGCAGCUGCAAAACUUGCGAAAUUCCUUGCUGAAAGGCUGUCAUAUCGGAGCUUUUAUUCCCAACAAUGUAUAUGGGAUUGAUGAUUGUAAUUUACAACAAACUUUCGGGUACGUGUUUGCCUCGUAAUAUGGUUGCAUUACGUUCCUUGUA